AGACGAAGGAUCCCAACAAUCCCCCAAAAACAAAGAAACGAGAUCUGAGAAUCUCCUCGGACAAAACCCAGAUACUCAUACGCUCGUAUACAGAAUCGAACAAAACACACAUAAAGACGUACGUGCGUAUUUACAUCGAUAUAGACCGAAAUAAAUAUGAGCAGAGAGAUUUGUGUAGGGACACUGCGGUGUAUCAGAUGGUCAGAAGUACCCAAAGUAUCACGAAAUAUCUGUGACCACCCUUGUAUAUUUAGCAACCCAGCUGCUCCUUAAUCUUCAUUCUUAUCUUUACAUCUUUACAAAAUAUUACUACAUUGUUAAGACCUCUUGUCUUGUCUCUCUAUAUAUACAGCCACAUUGUUUGUUUGUUUAUUUCGUUGUAAGUUGUGGAGAUGGAUGUUUCGGCUUCGUUGGUGGAUGGUGGUCGUGUGGAAGGGGAUGUGCAAGAGCUUCAUGUUCUGGCUGUUGAUGAUAAUCUCAUUGAUCGUAAAAUCGUCGAAAAACUGCUUAAAAACUUCUCUUGCAAAGUGACUACUGCAGAAAAUGGUUUGAGGGCACUAGAGUAUUUGGGAUUAAGAGAUGAUCAUCAAGAUACUUUGAGUGGCAACGGUUCAAAGGUGAAUAUGAUAAUAACAGAUUACUGUAUGCCAGGAAUGACAGGCUACGAGCUACUCAAGAAAAUUAAGGAAUCAUCCAUGUUGAAGGAAGUUCCAGUUGUGAUAAUGUCAUCUGAGAACAUUCCAACUCGGAUCAACAAGUGUCUAGAAGAAGGAGCUCAGAUGUUCAUGCUUAAACCCCUCAAGCAAUCCGAUGUGAAGAAACUGAGAGGUCAACUGAUGAAAUGUGGAAGCUGAUCAAGUCGUCGAGGAAAUUAGAGAAGAUGCCUUAAAGAAUACACAAGCUGGGGAAAAGCCAAAUGGUGAUAAGGAUCAUUAUCGAUUCUUAUACACAUUAAAUAUCUUUGCAGUUUUUCCCUUUAAGCUAGUAACCGUUCUUGAGGAUCCUCUUCACGAACUUGUAUGAAAAAAAAAAGCAACCUUGCGCUGAUAUGAAUUUAAUGUAGUCUGUUCUUAUCUGAUCUAGUAAAUGAAAUUUUGAAUAUUGUCUAGGAUUCUUCAAUUUU